CAUAUGCAUAUAUACCAUAUCUUUUGCGUAAUAAAAGCUGUUACUUGUGAUUUAAUAAUUUGAUAUGCUCUUUCAGUUACGUAUUCGUUUUUUGGCUGUUGUGAUCCGAGUUUGAAGAGGGAAAAAAAAGAAAAAAAACAGAGAGAGAGACAGGUUUUUCUUUGUUGCCAGUUAUCACCAAUCAGGGUUCAAACCUCAGGAAGCUUUAUCUUCGUUGAUUGCUUUUAGUUUUCUACAAAUUCUAUAAAAAUCCGAAAAAAGAAAGAAAAAUCUGACAAAAAGGGAAAGGCAUCAUCCAAGAAAGUUGAAAUCUUCCACAAAAACAAAAGCUUGUGUACCAUGAUUUAAACAAAUUUAUGGCAGUUAGGCUUCAUUCAUCUGUUCGUUCCUGUUCUGUCUGUGCUUCCAAAUAGUUGAAUUCUUCAGGUCAGAAAAAGAAAAGAAAGAAAAAAAAGAGCUUUGCACUCCUUUUUUGAGAUGGCAUUUCCUGGGGAAGGUAUUUUAACAGAUCUUGCCAAGAGAUUGGCAGAUAAAACUAUAACAGAGGUCAAUUAUUUUCGUCAUUUUGAUACUCAUGUUUGUGAGUUUGAGCAACAACACAAUGAGUUGGAUGCAAAAUUUGAAGAAGUGAAUAAUGAUAUUGAAGAUGCCAAAAGAAAAAAUGAGAACCCAACCAAAGAUGUUGAGGUUUGGAAAGACAAAGCUUAUAUUCUAAUUCAAGAGAAUCGUAGAAUCAAGCAAACAUGGUCUUAUAGUUCAUGUCCUCAUUGGAGAUAUCGACAGGGCAAGAGGUUGGCAAAGAGGAUGCUAGCUAUUAAAGAUCACAUACAAAAAUGUAGCUUCGAAAGAGUGGCACAUCCAGCUAAACUUCCAGGUAUUAAAUACCAUGUUCUAGGAGACUUCAUAGAUUUUGAGAGCAGAAAAUCAAAAUUGAAGCAACUUGUAGAAGCUUUAGAAGAUGGAAAUCAUCACAUGGUUGGAUUGCAAGGGAUGGGGGGAACAGGCAAAACCACAUUAGCAACACAAGUAGGCAAACAAAUUGAAGAAUCUAAAGCAUUCGAGAAGGUCAUCUUUGUCGUUGUGUCCAAUCCUCCUGAGAUCAGCAAGAUUCGAGAUGACAUUGCAAGGCAAUUAGGAUUGCCUUUAGACAAAGCAGCGGAAGCAGAUCACUCAAAGCUCUUGUGGUCUAGAAUUUCUAAUAAAGAAAGGAAAUUACUUAUAAUAUUGGAUGAUGUGUGGGAAAAGCUAAAUCUUACAAACAUUGGGAUUCCAUCUGGACCUGAUCAUAAGAAUUGCUAUGUUUUGAUAACCACUCGCCAUUCAAGAGUUUGUGAAGCAAUGAGAUGCCAAAAAACAAUUCACCUAUACACAUUAACCGACGAGGAUGCAUUGAAUCUUUUUCUAUUUCAUGCUACAAGUAAUAAUGGUCUUUCAAGAAAAGAGUUGGAGGAUCUUGCACCAGGUUUUGUGAAGGAGUGUGGAGGAUUACCAAUUGCAAUUGCAUCACUAGCUAGCACAUUAAGAAUUUGGCCAGUAAGUGAAUGGAAGGAAGCUUUGGCAACCUUAAGAAAAUCUGAGAAAUUUCUUGAUAUUGAUGAAGAUUUAGUUCAGGUUUAUAGAUGCUUAAGCUUAAGCUAUGGGAAUUUGAGAAAUGAGAAGGCCCAAAAACUCUUUCUAUUGUGUUCUAUUUUCCCAGAAGAUUAUGAAAUUCCUAUAAAUCUUAUUAUCAGACUUGGUAUAGGGGCUGGAAUUUUUGGCAAAGUUGAAAAUUAUUGUGCGGGAAGAAGUCAAGUACUUGGAGUGAAAAAUGAACUUGUAGCUUCCACUUUGCUGUUGAAGGUUGACGAGAAAGAAUGUGUAAAAAUGCACGACUUGGUUCGUGAAGUGGCCUUGUGGAUGGCAAAGGAGGAUAUUCAAGUGAUCAUGGAUUCAAGGACAGCUUUAGAAACAAGCAAGAGAAUUGUGUUUUGGAGUACUAAUGAUUUUCCAGAUCAGUUUGAUGGUGCAAAACUUGAAAUUCUAUUCCUUUGGAUAAAAGGAGAUGUUUUGGUGAAAAACCCAGAAACAUUGUUCGCGGGGGUGGCAGGCCUCAGCAUUCUUUUUUUACUUGGCAGGCCUAAGAAGCAUUCUAUUCCAUCAUUGUCACAAUCACUUCUUUCAUUAAAGAACAUGCAAACUCUCAUCUUGGAUGGUUGGGAAUUAGGUGACAUCUCUAUCUUGAAAAACUUACAAAGUCUUGUGACUCUUGAGUUGAAAAAUUGUAUAAUAAUUGAAUUACCUAAAGAUAUCAAGGAAUUAAAGAAGUUGAGAUUGUUGGGAUUAAGGAAGUGUGAAAUUCAAAAGAACAAUCCUUUUAAAGUGAUUGAAACAUGUUCCCAAUUGGAAGAACUAUAUUUUGUUAAGAAUGAGGAUGUCGAAGAUUGGAAGCUGCAUCUUGACAAAGAAACUAGAGAUGAAAUUACUCAUGAUAUAUCUCCUCCAAUAUUGGGAAUGUUUUCUAUUGCUUGUGAUGGUUAUGAAUAUUUUAAUGGGGAUGAUAAUGGCUUGUUAAGAUGCUUCAAUACAAAACAUGUGGAAGAUUUAAUUUCAAAAUCCAUGUUUAAGUACAUUGUAGGAAGAGGAGAGGUUCUUGAGUUGGGAAAAAGGGAAGAAACAGGAUGGAAAUGCCUCAUCCCUGACAUUAUUCCUGUGAAAGAUGGAGGCAUGAAUGAUUUAAUUAAGCUUUGUUUGUAUGAAUGGGAUGAGAUUGAGUACCUCAUUGAUACUAGGAAGCAUUGUUAUUCAGAAGCCUUCUCCAGGCUGGUUGAACUACAUUUGAAUGGUGUGGAUGUGAAAGAAUUGUGUGGUGGUCUUCCGCCUUCUGGAUUUCUUAAGAAGCUACAAAUUUUAAACUUAAGGGAGUGUAAAAAAUUGCACAACAUAUUCUUUGAUGUCAAUUUCAAAGUUCCUCAUCUAAAGAUUUUGACGUUAAGGAAUUGUCCAAUGUUCCAACCAUCAAUUUUCCCACUAUUUGUUGCUCAAAGUCUGGUGCAGUUGGAAAAUUUUACGAUUGGAGAUUGUGAGGACUUAAAAAGUUUAAUCACAUAUGAGAGUCUUGGAAACGAAUUAGGAGAUGUUGAUAAUCAAAAGAGCUAUGGCUUACCGUUUCCAAAGUUAAAGAAUCUUAAAAUUGAAGGAUGUCAUAAACUAGAAUUGGUGUCACCCUUCCUUUUGGCAGGAGACCUUCCCCUUUUGGAAGAGAUAUAUAUAUGGAAUUGCAAGGAGCUAAAAUACAUAUUUGGUAAAUACCAAAAUGAGGGCCAUGUUUUGCAUCAAGAGAAUGAGCUUCCUUCCUUGAAGACAAUGCGCCUUUCUUCUACACCAAAUUUCAUUAGCAUUGUUCGAGAAUUGAAGAAAUGUAUGCCGGUGCCAUCUCCAGUUUUGAAAGAAGAUUCAAAGGAGAAAAAUGAAAACUCUAAGAUGAGUGCUUUCUCAUGGGCUCCUGGAUGUUGUUUUCUACCAGCAACUAAAGACAGUGAUAGUAUUGGAGCAUCUAAUGGCACAAUGCAACACCACCACCAAAUUUCAUCGGAAUUACCUGCAUCAAUGGAAUUGAUUCAAUCAUUUCAUGAAGCAAAGUGUCUUAUGAGUAAGCCGUUGAAGCUACAGAAUAUCAGAUACAUGGAAUUUUGGGAUUGUUCAAAAUUAAAGUCGUUGUUCAGUGUUUCCAUUGCCAAAACCGUCAUGUUGGAGCGCUUGAAGAUUGGGAACUGUGAAGAAUUGAAGCACAUCAUAACAAAUGAAGUAGAGGAUGAUGACCAUCUCAACUGCACCUCCAUCUUCCCAAAUCUAGAAAGCCUCCGUAUCUGGAAUUGCAAUAAGUUGGAAUUUAUAUUUCCAUCUACUUUUUUUGGAGGUUUGCAAAAACUAAAAUCUAUAGGUAUUCAUGGAGCUUCUGAAUUGAAGCAUGUUUUUGGAAAAUAUGACCCUGAAGAUUAUGUAUCAAACGAGAAUGGGAAUAAUGAGCCUCACAUUAAUCUUCCUGCACUGGAGACACUAUCCCUCCAAGAGGUACCAAAUAUUAUUAGCAUCCAUAUCAAGAAGUAUCAUCUGGAAUGCCCAUCUCUACAAACUGUGAAAGCACCGAAGGAAUUUAAUUUGCAGAUGCAUGAUGUGAUGAGUGGAGGAGCUAAGGCAUCUGAGAAAAAAGAGAUUGUUGAUGCUGGAAGACCAGUGAUUCCAAACAUGGGCAUCGAAUAUGUUCUCAACUUCCAUACUCUUAAAGUAAUAAGAAUCGGAAGAUUUAAAAAGUUGAAAACUAUGUUCGUUUUAUCUUCGUGGAAAAACCUACCACAGUUGUCCGAGUUAUGUAUAGCAGACUGUGAGGAAUUAAUUGAUGUGGUUGAAGAUGAUUCUAAGAAUUAUGAUCACAUCAAUUAUAGCUCCGUUUUCUCAAAGCUGGAGUAUCUUACAAUCCGCGGAUGCAACAAGUUGGAAUUUAUACUUCCUCACUCCUUGUUCAGUGGUCUUCAAAAAUUAAAGUAUUUGAGUGUCCAUCAAGUUGCAGAGUUGAAAUACAUUUUUGGAAAGCAUCAUCAAGGAGAUUAUGCAUCAAAUGAGAAUGAAAGCGAUGAGGUCCACAUUGAUUUCCCAGCUUUGGUAUAUCUUGAUCUCGGAGGUGUACCAAAGAUGAUCAACAUUAGUUGUGCAAAAAAUUAUCACCUGAGCUUUCCAUCUCUACAAGAUAUUGGUUUAGAUGACUGUCAAGAGAUAAACGGAAGAUCUUUUCUGGAUUUGAUGGUUUGCUUACAAGGGAGACAAUCAGAUGUGAAAACUGAAAAGGACUUGAUGAAAAUUAUCAAGGACAUGCAAAGGUUGACAUGCCUUGGAGUACGCAACUCAAAAAUACAAGAGGUCUUUAAUUUAGAAGAAGUGAAAAUUGAAGGUUCACUGACAUUAAGCUUAGAAAUCAUGUGGUUGAAAAAUCUAAGUGAAUUGAGGCAUAUAUGGAAGGCUCCCAAAUAUAUGUUGAGCCUCCACAACCUUCGAAGACUAGAACUCAAAGCAUGUGAAAAGCUAAGAUCAAUCUUCCAUAUCUCAGAAUUGAAAAGCCUCCCAUCAUUGCACUGUUUAGAGAUAGAAGACUGUGAAGCAUUAGUUCAUAUCAUUGAAGAGGAUUAUGAAGAAAGUGCUCAUGACCAAUUCCAUCAACUUUUCUUCCCAACAUUAAAAGAAAUUUGCAUCCGGCGUUGUAAUAGCUUGAAAUGCCUUUUCUUGAUCUCAACAUCUGCCAUGUUUCCAAGGCUACGGGAGUUAAAAAUAGAAGAAUCCCUUGAGAUGGAACAAGUAAUUGCAUGCAAACAACAUCAUACCCAGAAGAUGGUGGUGAAAGAUGUAUUUCCAAAACUGUCAAAUUUAACACUUGGAAAACUGCCAAGGCUUGUUACAAUUUGUGGGGAGAUUGAUUUUCGUUCCGUACAGAGCUAUGAAGUGGUUGAUUGUCCCAAAUAUCAACAAAUUACUUCUCGACUUCAAGGAGGGCCUGAAGAUCUUGAUUCAAAAAAUCAAGCAUCAACAGAGGGGCUACUUUCUGCUCAUUCCAAUAAUGCUCAUCAAAUGCCACAUAUGGGAGAAACAAGUGCUUCCCGAAACUCCACAGAGAGUAAGGAGGAAACAAUAAUGGAAAUUAAAUCCAAAGGUCCUCCUCCAGCGUUAGAGAAACAAGCAUUGGAUACUGCAACAGCUGAAUCACAAUCCAGAAGGACAUGUCUACAUGGUUUGGAGGAUGAAUACAUAAAGAAUGAAUCAAUCGUACAGCCCCAGCAUCAGGAUCUUGAAGAAACAAAAUCAUCCAUUGAAGCAUGCCACAAAACUAAUACACUAUUUCAUGAUGAGAGUAUUGAUGACAAAUUAAAAGAAAGAGUUCAAGAGGGUUCUCCCUCAGAGGACAUGGUGCAAGCAACUAUGUUAGCUAAUUUAGUACCAAGGAACUCAUCUUCAACAUUCACCACUCCUUGCCAAGAAGAGUUGCCAUUGGAUUGGACAAAGAUAGAAUCAAGAAGAGAAACAAGUAUGACACACCGGCAAGAACUAGGAGAAAUGAAUGUUGUUAAAAGCUUUCCAGAAGACACUGCAAUUGCGGAAACUAAAAUGAUUGAUAGAGAAGCAGGGAAGGAAGUUGACGAAGUAGUUCCUGCUUCAAAGUUACCAGAAACAACUUCACUUGAUUUUGAGAGUGGAAAUGAAAGUAUUCCAGAAGAAACUAUAUCUAGGAAAGCCAAAAUAAAUACUUCCUCCAUUUGUUCAAAAGCAGAAACCUCACAAUCAAAUCCACCUGCACAAAUUACUCCAAGCAACAAAGUAACAUUGGAGCAAGAACUUCAAGAGAGUUAUGCAACAGAAGAAGCCAUAACAGCAAAUCGAUCAAUUAAUUUGAAGCAAUCAAGAUCAGUUAGUGUCUUAGAAAAAGAAAAGCCACAGUUCUCAAAAACAAGGAAAGAAGCUGUUGGAAUACUUCCUACUUCAGGGUUAUCAUUGUCUACAACAACAUCAAAUUUAGAGAGUGUAACUGAAAGUAUUCCAGAACACACUACACCCAUGAAAGCUAAAAUAAAUACUUCCUCAAUUUAUUCAAAAGAAGAAUCCUCACAAUUGGAUCCACCUGUGAAGGUUGAUGCUAAGAUGAAAGGAACAUUAGAACACUACUUUGAAGGGCAUGAUGCAUCAGAGGAAGCCAUUGUAGCAAUUCAAUCAACUGAUUCAGAAUCAAUGAAGCAAUCUAGAGUACCAUCGGUUAUUGCACAAUUAAGUUCGGAGAAGGCUACAAAAGCAAGCCUUGAUGAAGUUAUUCCUCCUCUCCAUCGUGAAUCCCAAAUUGGUGUUGCUGGCUCUUCUUCUUCAAAAAUGGGGAUCGGUGAAAUCUUAGAAUUGGUGGAUUUAAAAGAUGGUGAACCAGCUUUGCUUGCAAAAGCACUAGAGCUAUGUCCCCAAUUGAGGCUAUCUCAUGAACAGCAUCUUCCCCGCGCAGUGAUAGCUUUCUCCUACAGAGUGCUAUGUGAUAUUUUAAUCAUCUUGGCUACCAAGACCCCUUGCACCAUCACAACAUCGGACAAAUCAACCUUAGAACAAAACUUGGAAGCUGCAACAUUUUUAGGGUUCGACAAAGGUUGGAUCGAGACAGUUCAGGACAAAGUUUUGGGCAUCGACAUGUCUGAUGAUGUCAUGGCGGCGGAAGAAGAAAUUCAAGUGGUGAAGGCAGAGCUGGAGACAUGUGACAUUGCAUUGGAGCAAGUUCGAAAACAGAGAGUAGAAAUCAAAGAGCGGCUUGCAGUGAUGCGAAGAAAUAUGGAGACGGUGCAGAGUGAGUUUGAAGCAAUUGAUUCUCAAUUGUUGAGUUUGUUGGAAGGUCGCAAGAAAUUAACUAGCAAGAUGGCGGAGUUCAGAGAAAGAAUCAGUAUUAAGCACAGACCCUUUGGCAUUUAGUCAUCAUGUUUAAUUUGUGCCAUGCAUGUUGUUUAACUUCUAUUUCGCAAGAGGCUCAAAAAGGGUGUAAACCAUAAUGUAUAUGAUAUAUAGAGUGUAGACCAAUAUCAUUUCCUUCAGUUUAACUAAAUAAUAAGGAUCUGAGAACUUUGAUGUAUGGAUAAAUUUGACUUUGUAUGUGGAUAAUAUUAUGAUCUGCUAGUUCCAAUAAAAUAAUAUAUGAGUACAGUGGAA